AUGGGCAAAUUCUAUGGGUCUAUUUCCGACGACCUAGGGCAAUGGGCCUUGCGCCAGAAGGUCUUUUUCGUGGCAUCUGCCCCUCUUCGGGGUCGACAUGUCAACCUUUCUCCAAAGGGCCUACCGGAUUCUUGUCUUGCCAUCCUUGAUCCAAACCAGGUAGCGUACAUUGAUUCAACCGGGUCUGGGUGCGAGACGAUUUCCCAUCUGCGCGAAAAUGGUCGCAUUACCUUAAUGUUUUGUUCGUUCGAUGCGUCUCCUCGUAUCAUGCGACUCUUUUGUACUGGAACUGUUAUUGAGUGGGAUCAGCCCGAGUUUGCUGUAUACCUGAAGCGUAUGGGCAAGUCCGAGGUUGCGGGAGCGCGUGCUGUUAUCAAACUUGAUGUUUUCAAGGUGCAAACCUCUUGCGGCUAUGGUGUUCCAUUAUUGGCUUUGGACACCGAUUCCGAAACCGACGAGUCCAAACCAUAUCUGAAAGACCGCGAGACAUUGAAUCGUUCUGCAGCAAAAAUGGUUAGCUCCGGCAGGACGCAAAAAUAUCAGCAAGAAUGCAAUAAUCGCAGUCUAGAUGGACUUCCAGCUCUACAAUCUGCACUCCGAGAUGGCGGCAACCCUAUUUGGCGACUGAAGUUGGAGGAUUGGUUGAACCAACAUAGAGAUGAAGUCAAGACAGUGAAGGUGGUGGUUUUUCUAUUGCUGGCUGUUUUGAUGGGGUUAAAAUGGCAUGCAGCCAUGUAG